AUGGCUAUGUGCUUUGCGCAGAGGGAGUCGUCGGCCACGAUCAAAGCCGCCCCAACUCCAUAUGAACAGACGGAACCCGCAAAAGCCCAAAAGAUCAUCGAGUUCGACUGUCGAGGUCUGGAGUUUACCGAGUUCCUUCCAGAGGGCGAGUGGCUGGUGGACGGAAUUGAUUCGAAUACCAAGUUCGAAGGUGUAGAACUAACAGAGGGGGAAUGGUUCGAUUAUGACGAGAAAGCGGGAGAAGAAGUGAGCAUCAAGGAUCUCAAAUGGGACAUUGUGCGGGCAUGA